AUGAACGUCCAGUAUCUGCAAAAGAAAUCGAGCAAUUACUGGAGUUCCUGUGUGACCUUGAAGGCAGCGAAAGUUUCAAAUAAAUUGAAAACUACACUUCUAUGUGCUACUUCAGGACUGCUUAUCAGAAACGUGUCGGAACUUACACAUAUGAACAUAAAAGCUCCUGGAACAUCAAUGGUUCGUCAACUCGUUACGCUUUUGUCCGAAGAAAACAAGGAUGACGUGGAAUAUAUAUCAACAACGCUAUGCUCUUUAUUUUGUUUGGAGCCCAUACCGGUGAAUCAGUUGAAAAUAGUUGAACGACUGUGUGACUCUGACCGCGAAUUACUUAAAAAGUGGAAGGAUAUUGUAUUUGAUAAGAAAGGCAGUCCUAAAGGGACUAAAUUACUAGUGAAACAUCGUGAAUCUUCCCUGGCCUAUGAGUUAUGGAAUGAAAUUACACGGAAUACGAAACAGAUUCAAGGGGAUUCUGAUUUUUGUACCGUCAAUACGCGCAAUGAAUUUGCUAUUUGUUGUGUCCAAACGUUUUGGAGCUGUGGUGGUUGGCAGCAUGUGCUCAACAAUUUGGAUGCUAUAUCCCCUAUUUUAGUCAGUGAUGAUGUAAAUAAUGUUCAUGCUCGACUCAAGACCAUUAGCUCACUUUCACAGUUGUUCUUGAUCGCUUCACUUGAAAUCCCGUAUAUACAGUUGACAAACACCGUGCCAACAAGCGACAGUUUGUUGCUGCAUGAUAAUUUUAGACCACAGCAACAAAUGUUUGUUCCUGUCCCAGAAGAAAUUGUCACUCACUGGAUUGAAUCAAUUUCUAAGGCUAUUCAAUCUUGUUGUUUAUGGUUUGCAAAUUAUAUCUUAUAUUCAGAGUUAAGUGAUGUAUUGAAUCGAAGAGUGCUGUUGGAUGAAAUCCUAGUUGAUUUGACUUUCCUCUAUCAACAACAUCUUGGUCGACUAGUAUCCUGCCAGAUGAAUUCAAAAUUUUUUGAGAUAACCAAAUCCUUAAAUUUUGGAACUGGCUUAAUAAUGCUCAACUUAUUUGCCAAAUCGUUACCUAACAUUCUACCAGCUGAUCAGUCAGAUUUAUUAUGUUUGAUUGAGUCUUUAAACAAAUGGGAUCGUCAGCUUAAUUUAGUGCCAAUUAAACCUUUGCUAUUGAAGUACUUUUCGCAGUUGUUUAAAUUUAGCCUAACACUGUUGGCUUCUGGUGACUCUGAGUAUUUUAGGUAUGGGUCAGAUUUCUCCGUUACCCAGAACUCUGACAUCCUGUCGUCGUCACUGCCUUCUUUACCAUUCUUACUAUCGUCAUCAGAUGAUUUGAGUUUAUUUAAUCGAAAUAUCAAAUAUUACUUAGAUCAAAAAUUUGAUCCAAAUGAGUUUAUAAACCAAUCAGAAAAACCCUCAUCGUUAUCUCGUUUAUUUGUUAUGUGUGGUCAUCAUCUUCAUGUUGAUUUAAUGCGCAUUCUAUCAGAGAUGUUUAAUGUGAUUCAAGAACAUUCUCGAAGAUUGUAUUGUAGUAGUUAUCAACAAUAUUUGCGUAAAGACCCUUCUACAAAUCUAUAUCAAGACUUGCAGAUUGAUGAUUUUAAAUUUUUCUUGAAAUGCACAAAACAAGGUUUACACUUUCUCAAUGAUUUACUGUUGGCUCGAUCGAAUCUUCUAAAAUACCAGUUAUCAAAUGAUUCCAUGCCUAUUAAAGAAAGUUCUUCAAAAGAUAAUUUGGAAUUCAUAUCAGUUAUUGGAUUUUAUUUAUCUAAAAUGAUUAUCUAUGCUGAUGAAACAGUAAUGCACGAGUUAAUCAAUCCAACAUCGUCAUCAUCUUACAGUAUGGAAUGUAGAUUCAGUAUUCUUGAUGAAGAAUUAUCACACUUAAUCUAUGCAUUUACUUCAUGUCAUGGAAUAACUGAUUGUGCAUUAAAACAUUUAGGCUAUUCAUUGAGUACAGGUAGUCAUAUUAUUUCAAAAGAACCAGGAUUUUCGAUGAAUUCAACAAUGUUAGUGAAUAACUGGCCAUUAUGGACAGAACCACAUGUUUUCUGUUUAUUAUCUGGUCAUAUGCUUAGUAUAUUACGAGUUACAGAUUCAAUAAUUAUCUUGGAAGAUUCUAUCAAAUCCUUUUGGUCAAAUUUUUUGACAAGUAUACAAAAUGCGAUCUUAUCAACAUGGGAAUCAUCAAUAAUUAAAAAGAUCACUGUUAUUGAACAUUGCAUGAUGGAUAUUCAUCCUAAUUUAUUACAAUUUACUUGUUUUCUUGCUGGACAAACACCGGGAUUAACAGCGAAAAAGCAAUUACUCAUUUUAUUGACUCAAUUAUUUAGUGAUUUACAUAAAACUAUCUGGAAAAAGCAAUAUCAACAACAAUUCAUCACAGAAAGCAGUAAUGUUCACAUUUCCUCUGUGAAACAACAAAUCACGCAUGUUUAUUAUCUUUGGCUGCGUUUAAUUGUUAUUUUACGCUAUAUGCUACAUUAUUUCUACAUUCCACCAAAUUACUUAUCACAUCAACUAAAACCUUGUAUGUUUUUACAACCUGAUCAAAAUAAUAAUAAACAAAAGAAAUGUAUGAUUUGGGAAUAUUCAACUAUUGCUCAAUUAUCAUCAAAAAUACACCCAUACUUUUUACCUUUACCACUGACAGAUAAUAACAAUAAUAUCCCAUUCUUUUAUGAUCUAUUAACUGCGGCCAACCAAUCAUCAUCAGGCGUUGAUCAGUCAACAAAUUUAACCCCUGUUGGGAGUAGUAGUUCUAAAAGAACAGGUACAAGUUUAAGUCUCCCGUCUCCUGAUGGAUUAGCUGUCUCAUCAUUAGCAUCACUUAAUAAUUAUCAUGACCUAUUCACCUCUCUCCUUGAUUACAUGAGUUCUCUUCUGCUGACGGAUUCAUUUGAUAAAAUGUUAACUAAUCCAGAUCCUAUUCUUAUCGAAUGUUGUCAACUACCAUUGUGCACUUAUGGAUUAGCAUUAAACUGGAGAUUAUUAGAAAUUCUUCCACCACCACAAGAACUUUUAAAAGAUUUAAGUCUUUUCAUUGAUUUAUUAACGAUAAAACCAUCACAGAAGACAGUUAUCAAUCUUCAAAGUGUUUCAAAGAUAUUCUUGUCACCGUCAUAUUAUCUAUAUUUAAUAAUUUUGUUAGAUAGAAUUCAACAGAAUCCUACUCAACCAACUUUUCAGUUUUCUUCAGGCUUUACAGCUGAUGAUAGCCUACCGCCGAAAUCGAAGUCCGAAUCAUCUACUGUAAAAUCCACAAAUACUAGUGCCAUUACGACUUGUGGUGGUAAUGCUAAUAUACCUUCAGUAACCAGUAGUCGAUCAUCGACGUCAUCAUCAUCAGCUUACUCUUUAUUGGAUUCGAGAGCGAAUCUGCUGAAAGAAUUGAAGCGUUUAAUUCAUGCUCAGUGUUCAAGCAAACUAUCAAAUGAUGGUGAGUCAGAGGAAGCAAAGGCUAAUGUGAUUGAAGGAGCAAUCAAUAAAUUAAUAUCUCUAGUACAUCCUAUAGCCUUAUUUUCAUUCUUAUUCGAAUGUGGUUUUCUUCAAGUGAAGUCGUUUUCAUUGGUGUUAGAUUCAAUCAAGAAGAGUUUCAAUGGAAUUACUGUUGGGCAGUUGUCUUAUGUAUGCAGCUUAUUUCAAUUUCUAAGUACUUUAACAUCACAAUUGUCAGUAUUAAAUGAUUCUAAAAGCACAAAACCAAUUAAUACUUCCAAAUCAUAUACUGACACUGUAGAACCUGUAAAACGUGCUGGGAAGCAUAGAACACGUCAUGCUGCUGGUAAAGGACGCACCGUUUGUUCUACAGAAACUACGAAACAGUCUAAUAACAGUACUGAGACAACUACUCCAAAGGAAAAGAAAAGUAUCUGUCUUUUAGAUACAGCAGUUUUGGACUCAACUUUACAAGAUACUCUUGUGUCUUCUGUAAAUUUUACGAUUGGUAAUCACACGAAUACGAGUGGCGAUAAAAAUCUGACAUCUAAAGAGUUAUCAUCUAUGUAUUCACAUUCGUUACAUACUGGGCAUAAUUUGCUAAUAACAAGUUUACAGAUAAUGUAUAAAUUAUGCUAUCAUAUUCGAUUUGAGCUUGGUCUACCUAAUUGGAAUGAUGUGUAUAUUAAUGAAUCAUUUGUAUCAGGGCCAUCAACUAUAGAAAAUAUUGGAUCAUUAACACUGUUGUGUCCCAAUCGUUUAAUGAAAGAGAAUUAUUUGCCGUUCAACUUUACUUCAAAUCUCUUAGCUCGUAGGCGAUUGGCUAAUAGUCUCAGAUUAGCUACAGUUAUUUACGGUAAACAGUUUGACCUAUUGAAUGAAGUUGCAACGAAAUGUAAUUCUAAUAAAUGUAUAGAAUUGAAUCAAUUUAAUUCAAAUUUAUCUCAAUGUUUCUAUCAAAUAUUAACAUAUCAGUAUGAAUUAACUGUUUAUCAGUUGACAACUAAAAACGACCAUUCAUCUGAUGACGGCAGUAUCAAAUCAUCUAAUGCCACAACCUCAACAGUAAAUGAAACAAAAUCAACUACUGCCAACACUACACCUGAAUUUGCUAAACAUCUAGCUAAUCGUUUGAAAUUAUUUCAAGCAUGUUAUCUGUUAAAACAUAUUUAUGAAUUGUGUACAUCAUUAGUAAAACAAUUGUUUAAUUUACAAGAGAAAAUUUGUUAUUCAAAUGAUUUUGAUCUAGAGCCUACAAUGUACAAAGAAAGUCAUUAUGGUCUACAACUUAUUGCUACUAUGCAUUACGAUCCUAUUUUCACUGCUUUGCAUAUUGACUUGAUUUGUAAUAAUGAGGAAGUAGAGAAAAUGUCAUUAUCAGUUGCACAAUAUUUAGCAUAUCUUUGUUGCAUACAUCGAACUAUGUCAACAUCUAAGUUAUCAUCACCUUGCAAAAUAAAUAAUGCUGAAGGUCAGGUGAAAAAGAUUUUAGAUUCAUGUCAGUUGAAAAAAUUGAUAAGUCGUUCGUUGGAAGACAGGCUUGUUUAUAUUGUAUGUUAUAUGGCUAGAUGCCUUUCAAAUUCAGGCAAAAGUCCCCUUGAAUCUCGUGUCUGUUCAUAUGUCUGUCGUGAAGUUAUGGGAUUUCUAGAAGUUGUAUUAGGUAAUCACCGCAUCCUCAAGCAAUUUUUAUUAUCACCAUCGUCGUCGUCAUCUAUUGAUGUGAAUAAAAAUAAUAAAAAUAUUACUAUGAAUGAAAAUUCGUCAAGUGUUGCUUCUCACGAUUCAACUACACAAUCAAUAUUAACGAUAAUUCAAAGAACUAUCUUCAAUAAAGAGCUUUUCAUGAGUUUAUUCUCAUCAUCAUCUAUGUCUCGUAUUCCACAUCAAGAUGUUUAUCUACUGAAUGGUAUACGAAUAUCAAAUGGACCUCCUUCACUUACUUACCAAAUGUCAUCCUUACGUUUAUUGUGUGUUCUUCUUAUGCGUGCUAUCAAUGCCUCUUCAAAAACUCGUUGCAAUUUCACUGAACUUGUAAAAUUAGCACUAGAAUCGUGUAUAUUUAGUCCGUGGAAAUCACUAGUAUCUGAAACUAAUAAGACAAAAACAUUAUCUUCUUAUUGGCUAGAAAAUAUACUACCCAAUAUGGAGUUAUUUGAUCAAAAUAACGAUACUGAACUAUGGUUUACUGAUUUAUUAAAUAAUCAUAACUAUUUACUAUCACAUAAUCAAGAUUCAUUUCUAUUGUCAUUUGAAACUGAAGAAGAUCUACUAACAAAUGAUGUAUUUAAUAGUAAGAUAAAUAAUAUUAAUACUGCCUAUCGAAAUUUGAAUUGUGAAGAUCAUGUUAACGUCAACUGGUUACUUGAUGCAAAUGUAGCCUCGAUGGUGAAUAAUACUACACAUCUGAUUAAUGAAUGGAAACAGAAACGAUGCUUAUAUUACAUAGCUUUGUAUUUUGAACGUUUCACAAGACUUUUAACAUCUAAUUGGACAGAUGAUGUUAGUUUACGCGAAAAAUAUUGUAAUCACUUACUAACUUCAGCUAUAUCUAUCUGGCGUUCUCGUGUAACUUCAAAAAGUAGUAGGAAUAAUACUGUUACUACUACUAAGUGUUCACAGUCACCCUCUUCAUCUACGUCUAUUACUUCUGCCUCUCAAGAGGAACUCGAAAACGUUAAACAGUCUGCAACAAUUGAACAUUUGUAUGAUUUGACAUUUCUACCGUAUGCUAUUACAUCGUUACAUUGUUUGUCAUUUGGUUUUACCACAGGUUCUGUACAUAGUAAAUUAUUCGGUUUCUUUACAUAUUGUGCUAACAUUUGCUAUGAGUUAAUAAUGAAACCAGAGAUGAAUAAAGAAGUGGGCGAAUCAGUAUGUCUAAAUGAUAUUAAUUUACUGCUUUCAAUGAGCUUACAACAUUAUAAACAGGCUUCAUUAAUCUGUAGUUUGCAAUCAAUUUAUUUCUAUAUUUCUACAAUGAUUGUUGUAUUAAAUCCGAAUAGUCAACCAAAACCCACUGAUAAUAUUUAUUCAUCGUUGAUGAACGCUACUUCUUCCAGUGUCCGAUUAGACUAUUGGCCAAAUUUUGUUUACGCACAACCUGGUUUAUUUUCAAAUACUUUUAUGAAUAAUGAUGAAUCUGAGAAUUCGGAUGCGUUGCCUAAUUAUUUAGCUAAAAGUUUCUAUUCAAAAACGCGAGCUUUCUCUCAUUUAUUAAGUUUUCAUUUUACUCAUAACUGUAAAAGUGCAUUUCGAAAACAUUGGAAUCAGUUAGGAUUAUGGAAUGUUAAAUCUCAUUUACCAAAUGUUUCUGCUCAAUCAAAUGAAUUUUUAAAAACAAAGUUGACUUAUGAAAUUGAUCAAUUAUCUGACAACGAUACAAGUGAUGUUUGUGAUGAUUGUUUAGAAGAUGAGGUGUAUUCUUCAUUCCCAGGUCCAUUGAUUAACGAUUCAAUGUGUACUUAUGUUGCAACUCAGAAGAUGUUUAUUGAUCAACAUUGGUAUCAUUGUUUCACGUGUAAUUUACAAGAAUCUCACGGUGUUUGUUCUGUAUGCGCUAAAGUUUGUCAUUCAGGGCAUGAUUUAAGUUAUGCUAAAUUUAGUGGAUUCUUUUGUGAUUGUGGCGCUGGUCAAAAUGGUGAUUCGUUUUGUCAAGCGAUGACAUCACGUGUUAUAUCUAAUAAAGAUUCAUUUCCAGUGAAUAUGAUAAAAGAUAGAAAUAAUAUAUUUCUACAGUAUAUGAAUGAUAAGGAAUUGAAUUAUUAUCUUCCGUGGUUGACAGAUGGCUACCAUCCAUUCAUCUUAUCACCUGCUUCAUCAAAGGAAUUUCAUGAUCCAUAUCAUCAUCAUUCAUCUAUCUCCAAUGCUAACGCUACUGAUGGCCAUCGCACAUCUAUGCAUUCAGUAAUUGAUAGACACGACUCCCGUCUGAUUCCUUUGGGUUCUAAAUUAGUUAAACGACGCCGUAAAGAAUCUUCAAGUCUCAUUGAGACACAAGAUGAUACUGCAAUUUCACGCCCACGUUCUGUUCCAGGUAUCAAUAAUUCAGGAGUAAACACGUCUAUUUCUUCAGAUACUUCAUUAAAUGCGCAUGGAAGCUAUCAGUCCAUCAACCAAAGUAAUAUUCGCCCGCUUUGGCGUCCGAUAACUUCUGUUGGCGGUACGGAUUCGUUUGCUACUAGAUCUUCAUUAAGUCAUCAACAAACUUCAUCAUCUGUCAGUAAUCGACCUAAUAAUCUCCGACGAACUGGUGCAGUUCGCUUAAGGAAAAUCUCUUCAGAUGUUUAUUCUGGACCAAGGGUGUUGAAAACAUUUCAAAUGACUCAGCAACAGUCUAAAAUAUCCAUUACUCAGCCGACUCAACAAAAUGUUUCACAUUCAUCUAAUCACUUGUCUCAUAAUAUCGAUAAAUCUUGUAAAGCAAGUGUUAUUAUACCUAUCACUUCGUCAAUAUCUUCAAGGUUUUCACCUUGUUAUGAUAAUAAUGGUGAUAGUAUUCAUAAUGAACAAGAUAUUGGUAUACGAAUACGAAAUAUUCAUCAUUUUUUAAAUGUAUGUGACAAUUUUAAUUGUAGUGCAAUUAAAAGAAAACGUAAAUAUUCUAAACGUUUAACUACGAAUACUACUACAGUUAAUACUUCCACUGGUUCAUUAGAAACAGAUUCAAAUCGAUUUCAUUAUACUCAAUUAGUCCCUAAUGAGAUGAAAUUAAUUGAGCAUGUUCGUAGACAAAUCGAUACUGAUGAGACCGGUGCAUGCCGUUCCCAGUUGACGAUGAUGUUGUUUACAUGUGAUAUUGUUUCACAAGCAGCUGAAAUACUAAUGGGAUUCGGUAAAUCAGAGGCUAAAGGUUUACUCAAUCACUUUAUGAAUUGUUCGCGUACAAAUGAAGUUGAAUUAAAAAGUUCUACCCGUCUGGGUAAAUUGAAACGAAUGCUUUUAAGUGGACGAGAUAAUGCACCAGUAAUUCGAAUGUGUUCAAAUAUUACGACACCAGUACCAUCUAUGUCAGUACAAGAUGUAACGCUAUGGCGUCGUAUAAUUCUUGCUGGUCAUCAACUCUUUCGCUCUACAGCUCCCAUUUCUGCCUAUGAUUUCAAUAAGUAUUUAACACCUCACUCUCCUCGUUUGAGAAACACUUCUGAAGAGAUUGAUCACAGCACAGUUUCAAGAUCAGUUCAACCAAUCCCUAGUAAUCGUCAUACACUUACAUCAUCUACUGAUUAUCUAUCAUCUCACACUACUGUUUCGCCGGGAAGACUUGUCAAACAAUCACUGUCUGAUAGUAUGUCCACUAAUGUUCCACCUUUAUCGUCUUCUUCAAUGUCAACAACACCAAUAAAUGCGAUUGUUUCGUUGCCUGCAUUAUCCAUGUCAGCUACAAAUAAUGCUCCACGUGGUACAUCUUCCUCUUCAUCUAAUCCAGUUUUACUUAUACAAGCAUUAGCGAGUAUUCUAGCUGGAUCUGAAAGUUCUACUUCUUCUCGUGGUGGUUUAAUAUUUCCAUCUCUCUCAAGUGGUGUUUCAUUGGAUGCACAACAUUUAAAUGGAAAUAACAUAUCAUUCCUACCACCUAGUACAGCAUUAUCAUUGAGAGAAUUGUUUGGUUCACGUAUAUCAAACAAUGGUUCUUCAUUACCUACUACUGGGUCUAUAAUGAGUAAAACAGCUACAUCUCUUAAUGGGGCUAUCGGAUCUAGUGGAGCGGCUGUCACUUGUGUUCUACGUUUGCCAACUCCAACAAGAUCUACAUGUUCUUAUUUCUUAGUAGUGGCUAGUACAGGACCCAGAUCUCUUGUUUCUGGUACAGAUACAGGGAUAAUAUCUAAUACACCUACAUCAGAUGGUUUAAAGGGAUCAAGAUCACCAUUUGGUCAACGUGGAUUAAUAUCAAUCUACAAUUUAGAUAAGUUACUAAUACAGAUAGCAGAAAAACAAGAUCGAGGUUUAAAAGAAAUUGCUAAAUUGAAAUUUAUCACUGCAUUACUUCAAUCAAGGCAUAGUGAAUUGAAAAUUGAGUCUGAUAAUGAGAAUAAAGUAAAAUCCAACACAGAUAUUAUUACAACAGAAUUAACAACAUCAUUAAAUGCAAUGUCAAAAGAAAUGAAUCAACAUUUGAAACAACUUUCUGUCAGUUUGAACAAUUUGCCUAAAAUCAGCACUGCAACAGCUGGUAUCCUCAUUUCAAGUAUGACAGUCAAUCCAUCAUGUUCAUCAACAUUUGUUAUUUGUGGUUUAUGGGAAUGUGUUGUUAUGAGUUUAUCAUCUGCUGGUCAAAUAUGCGGACGUAUCUCAGUGAUCCCAGUUGUCGGGACAAGACGAGAACAAAUUAUCAAGGCUAUAUGGUUACCGAAUUCGAUUAACCUGUUGGCUGUUCUCACUGAUCAGUCUGUUCAAAUCUUUGAUAUAUUCGUUAAUCCAAGUAAACCGAAAUAUCAUUUCAAACCUGUUGAUGGAAGUUUUUGUGAUGCAACAUUUAUACGCCUACCAUUACAAUCUAUGCAACAGCGGGGUAAAGAAGAAAUACUCACUAAUCAUUGUGAUACUUCGAUGUCUGAAAAUGGUGAUGAUUAUGAUAACGUCAGUGAUUCGCUUGAACAAAUAAAAACUAACAAUCGUAAUGAUCGCGAUACUUCGAAGUCUGAAAAUGUUGAUGAUUACGAUAACGUCCGUGGUUCGCAUGAAUGGGACAUUCACCUUUUAGUUAUGGCUAAUAUGGGUUCUAUUUUACAUCAGAGACUGGGCCCUCUUUGCCUAUCAUUCUUAGGUCCAUUCUUUCUAGCUGAAUCUUUGGAAUGGGAUAUCAACAGUUUAAAAAUGAACCCUAAUACAACCACAUCGUCGGAUGAUCUAGUAACAAUUCCAGAAUUAACAUUAGACCGUUUAACUGGCGUACUUGGCGGUGGUGGAGUUAGUGUUCAGUAUAUCAAUUCAAUGGGUCUUUUAUUACAUUCUUAUCAGUCUGGUCAUUCCAUUGCUAGUGGAAUUAAAUUAUUUAACACUACCGAUAACUCCACAGCACAAACAUUACAACAAAAUAGAAAGGAAUUAUGUAUUACUCAUUCAUUUCUACUGGCAGUUGGCCCAAGACGCGGAGAUGGGAACGUACCAACCACUGGUGUUGGCUACGUCACACCAUCUGCCAAAUUUACCAAAAAUUCACCUGUGAUUCAUCCGGAAACUUCUUAUAUGGAUUCAGAUAAUCUUCUGAUCUCGUUACUUUUAGCAGCUCAUUCCGCUAUUGAUCCGUCAUUACAACAGUCAACUUCAUCAUCAUCAUUAUCAUGUACUCAUCCAAAUCAAAAGUCAAUAAUUCCCAGUAUCGGUCCAUUAUAUCGUUGGACAGAAAUAGAUGAUCAUCCAGGUCUGGUGAGCGCACUAUCUAAAAUACCGCUGGUACCUAAUUCGUCUUUACAGCACCAAUCAUUUCUAAUGGCAUUUGAACCAGAUCAAAUAUGGAUACAACAUUUAUUUAUUCAUCCUACUUCACGGUUAUUUAAUAUUCAUGAUUCAACAAUAAAAAAUUUGACGACGACGACAACGACAACAAGUAAAUUAUUGCCAUCUUCCACGACAACUGCAACAACUAUUACUACUAGUAGUUCUACUAAUACUAAUACUACUACUACUACUGCGACCACUACAUCUACCACUCUGACUACUACUGCCACCAAUAAUUUAAGCGGGAACGUAAAUGUCCAUAACCUAGAUAGGUCUGAAGCAGGGCAAAUGUCAUCUGCUUCAACUCAAUUAUUAGAUUCAUUCUCGUUCCAUUGGUUUGGCUCUCCAGAAUACGUUGGUCGUACAUUAACAUUCUUACUAACAUCCGAUGGGCAUUUACUAGUCAAUGCUUCUGCUCCAAGAUCUUCAAUUUACACUUCGAAGAAUAUAAACAAGUGUAAACCUGAAGAAAAAAGGCCUAAUUAUCAUUUAUCUGUACUACCUGGACAAUAUUGGUUACAAAAUGAUUUUUCUGAGAAACCUAUAUCAGUUGGUCGUGGAUUCUUAUCAAAUGGUCCUAAUUCGAUCGACUCUUUACUCUGUAAUUUGCCGAAAGGUGUUUUAUGGGAUUUGGCAACAACGUCAUUUUAUCAGUUAUCUGGAAGUUUUAAAUGUUCCAACCAGCAGCAGAAUCCAGUUCCUAGAAAGAGAUCACUAACAAUAAUUGAUGAAAACACGGUUGAAACACUGCAGAAAUAUCUUAUUGAGUCACCGGCAUUUGGUCCUUUACCUGUUGACUUUUUCGAACAUGUAUCCGAAACCCACGAAAUUGAUUUUGGUGGUCCAGAUCUCUUACAAUUUUAUAAUUAUGAACAGUUAAGACGGCGUUUAACGACACCAGGGAAUAUAGUCACUGGUGCUGGUACUUGCACACGUUUUAUUAAUAAUUACUGUCGAGAUGAAAAACUACAUGUUGGGUCGAGAAAUUCUACUUUAUCGAGCGCAUCAAUUGGAUUAAAUGCUAAAUCAAAAGAUUCAUCUACAUCUAUUGGACAACAAUCACAACAGCAUAUAGCUUAUAUUAUUGACAUUUAUAAUCGUCGUUCUAAUGAUACUCUAAUUGCUGGUCUCCGUGUAACAUUGCCUGGAUUAUCAUCACCACCAUCAAUCGAUGAGAAUACAAGUCGAUGGCCAAGAUUUUUCAAGUUAUUCAAUAGAACUAUAUUGGUCCCACUACCCUACCCUGGAAUGACUUCAGGGCGUACAAUCGAUUUACCGUUGUAUCGUUGUGAAAUGUUAAAGUCAAGUGAAUUUUUACAACUUGUUGUUGGCACUAGUGAUGAUCCUGAAGAUAUGACAUGUAUCGAUUGUAUCAUGGUUUAUUCUAUUGGUCGUGAUCUAGUUUCAUCUUUAUCAUCGCACUCAAGUCCAACUCUUAAAUUGUUAGGUGAAAAACAGUUGAUACAUACAAAUCACCACUUGAACCCUGAUAAAUUGUCUAAAAAGAAAUUACAAACCUUACCGUUAAAUGAGAGUAAUUGUAAUAAGAAAGUUAAAGGUCCAAUGGAUUUGUUUGUUUUGAAGAAUACUACUACUUCUACUACUAAUGAUAAUGAUGAUGAUAGUAUUGGUGAAUGCAAUAUUGAUGAUAAUAAUGAUGAUAAUGAUAUGCAUGAAAAUUUAAGUGAUGCUGUUAUCGACUCGGAAGAAUUUGAUAAAAUAAAUAACGCUUUUGAACAGUCGUUAGCUUUCAGACUUGAUCGCUUGUUCGGUACCGGUUUCGUAACUGAAUUAGUUUGUAACGAUCAUAAAAGCAAUAGUAAGAAAACAUCACAUUCUCGUUUACCACAACUCUCUAUCUCAAAACCAUUUCCACCUCCACCAAGUACUAUAUUUGCAUUGUCAAAUUCAAUGUACUGCUCACAUUUCAUCUCAAUGGAUAAUUCUACAUUAUUGACUACAUUAUCACCAUUGUCUUCUGUUCCACUAUGUUUGAUUCGUGAUUAUUGUGGUUUGACAGCUUCAAUUGCUAACAUGUUGUGUGCGAUAGUUAAUAUGGGUAUCACCUCAAAAUCUGAACAUAAUCCGAAUUUAACUGGAUUCAAGAUAAUUUUGUCCAGUUUAAGAAAAACUUUCGAUAAAUACAAUAAUAAUUCUGAUGGUUUCGAUGGUAGUAUUCACUUUAGACAAACAGUAGAAAAUGAAAAAAAGCCUCCUACCAGUCUAAAUAUACUACUUGUAGAAAUAAUGAAAUUUCUCAAUUGGAUAUCAUUAUUGAACUCGUCAACUUGUAAUCUGUUUAAUAUUCAACCGACACUGAUGAUUAGUUUAUCAAUGCAUCUUUAUCAGUUAGCUUUUAUGACUACACGUUUUCUAAAUAUUGAAGAAUUGAAAAUAUCAAAUAAUAAUUGCUAUACAUAUAAUUUUAACAAUAUCGAGUGUAUCCUAAAUGAAAUUCUAUAUCAUCCAUUGAAUUAUUCAUGGAAACAAUUAACUGAUAACAUGAGUAACACUGAUGCUAAUGUUGAUGAUAUGAUAUCUAAACAUUAUUUAACUAUCAAGUCAAUUCGUUUAAUUCGACAAUUUUCAAUGGAAAUUUAUCAUUUUCUACACAUCAAUCCACUGCAUUUAAUUAAGUGGUUAUCUAAUCAACACCAACAUUAUCAAUCUACAAAUGAUAAUAUAUCAUUUUAUACAGUUAUAAAUCACUUAUUCAAUUUAUUUAUUUCUAAUUUACCAGUGCCUACGAAUACAUCGCAUAUUAUCGAUCCUAUAUGGUCUGCAAAAUUUGAUUUGUUUUCUUUAACAUUAGAACAGGAUAUAGCUCAGUUAUCUUCAGUCAUUAAUAAAAAUUUACAAAAUUGUAAAGAUUGUCUGUCAGUUUCAUCAUCAUCGUCGUCAUCUCCACUGGAUUUAAGACCAAAGUCUUAUUAUAAUAAAUCCAUUCGGUGCUUUAUGAAUCCAUUAACGCGUUCACUAUAUACACUAUUUUUAUGUACAAUUAUAGACGACCAAUUACCAGAUGAUGAUGGUGAUGAUAAUAAGAAGUUAGAUGAGUUGAUUAUGACAAGUUUAAUUGAACUGCCUAGUGAAAAUAAUCAUCACCAUAGUAAACAGACUAAACCAUUGAAUAUUGAAUUCUUAAAUUAUUACGGAAAACUGUUAAUCACAAUGCUAACACAUAGUAAUAUUUUAGUGUCAUCUGCUACUCGUGAUGCUUUAUGUCGUCUUAUUAUUAAUGCAAGACCAAAAUGUCGUAUAACUUGGUUUAAAAAUCAUUCCUCACUGAGUCAUCGUUAUAAUUCUUGUUAUAGAAAAUCAAGUGUGUCACGUUCCAGUGAGAGCAAAUUCGCUAAACCUCUCUCAGAGAGAAAUGUCUCUCAGAAUACUGACACUGAUUUGUUAUCCGUAAAAGGCUCUAAUCUUGCAUAUACUUCCCUUGGUUCAAAUACACCAACAACACCUACUGUUUCUUCUGGACGUAGUUUUCAAUCAAGAACAACUCCAUAUUCUGGUCGUAGACGUCCUCCACGAGAGUAUCAUUCUUUACAUCCUAGUCAGUUGAUUGAUGUUUUAAUAAAUGAAGAAAAUCCCGGCUCACGGGAACUAAUUUCUCUCGAUGAUCUGGAUAAUGUCGACAGUCAUCAGUUAACGUCAUUAAUUGACAAUCAUCAAGAAACUAUUGGCCGUUGGUCUUCUCGAUCAGGUACUACUAGCAAUAGGCAGCGAAGGUCAAGUCACUUCUUAAGAAUUUUAAAUCAACCUCCUUCCAUACCGAUAUGGGAGAGUGAAACCAGAUCACUUAUCAGUAAUAGUUCAACAACUUUCAAUGCUAAUGAGCCUAUUCAUUUUAUGGACAUGGAAAAUGAUAUUGUAGAUGAUUGUGAUCAAUCUGAUAUGAAUUUAGAUACUGACCUAAAUAAUUCAGAUAAUUAUCUGUUAUCGGAAUUUCUUGAUUUAGGUGGAAUUGAACCAUCCAUUUCGGCAUUACGUGAAGAAAGUGAUGAUGACAGAGCAUAUCGUAUUUUACGGUUGUGUAGACGAAUAUGGGGUUCACGACGUAUUGUUUCACUUCGACAAAUGGUUGCCGAUUCUGAAUCUGGUGGUGAAAAUGAAUUCGACUCUCGAAUCAAUUUGGGAUUGAAUGAAAACGAUGAAAUUCUAGAAACUGAACCUGAAAAUAUUGGUGGAGAAGAUGAUGAGGAUGUUGAUGAUGAUGAAGAAGAUAAUAAUGAUGAAGAUGACGAUAAUGACGAUCCUGAAGUCGAACAACAUAAUGAUAACAUAGAAAUGGAUAAUGAGAAAGAUGAAAACGAUGAUGUUGAUGAGGAUGAAGAAGAAGGUGAAUGUCAGGAUGAGGAUGAUGAGGAUGAUGAAGAGGAUGAGGAGGAAGAUAGUGAUGAACAAUUAAGGCUAGGUAUUAGUGAAAAUUUAACCAGUGAAAUGGCUCUCUUGUUAGCACAAUUGGUUGCAGAAUCUGGUCAAUCCAUUGUGAAUGGUCAAGAAUCUCUUAUCGAUCAACUGGGAAUAAAUUUUUCUGAGUAUAGAAGUUUUCUAAGCAGACCACAACGAACAAAUCAAAAUACUAAUACGACAACUACAGCGUCAACUUCAGCAACAAAUUUAUCAGUUACAAAUUCACUGACCUCUACCACUCAGACAACCAUAUCGUCAGGAAUUCAUGAAGCUCAAGUUCAUGAAUCAUACGUAACACCUAGUAGUAGUAAUCUUCAAUCAAAUACCUUUAGAACCAUGCAAAGAGACCCUAGAACCGUAACAAAUAUCAACCCUUCUAGAGAAUGGCAAAGGAAUGAUGUUAUGGAUGAGGAAAAUAUACAUGAAGAAACAAGCGAUAAUAUACAAAGACAAGAAACUAAUAAUGGAGAAGAAGCGGUCGAUAUAAAUCAAGAUCUAUUGGAUAUCGAAGAUGCACAGGAAGGAUUAGAUAUGUGGGCCUUUUCAGAUAAUUUAGAAGAAGAUGUGCUGUUUACACUGGCCCUACAGUUGAGUCUGCGUGAUCAAGGCGGUCCAGGUACUAGAGAUAAUGUUGAAGUGAACGACCAACAGUCAGGAGAUACUUCAUGCCUUCAAUCUGUUUCUCAGGAAGUUGUCUCCUUACCCGGAAAUGAAAAUGCUGAUCACACAGAACAACCAAACAACGAACAAAAUUCCUCAGAAUUCAGUCAGCUAGAUCAUGCAACAAGUUGGUCUGCUGAACCAAAUGUUUCAGACACACCUGAAAGGACAAUGAAUUCUCCUGUUCAAGAAUCAUCUAAUCAACCAAUUGUUUUAGCUUCAUCAAAUCCAUGUCAAUCAGUUGUUACUCAUGAAAAUGUUUUUGGAGACAAUGAUGAUGAUGGUUUCGUCACUACUAUUGUAGCAGGUACUGGUGUUGCUGUUCAAGAAGAAGACCUCUCUGAUUUGUACACUUUGUUUGAUAAUGAAACAAUGUCUUCAUCUAAACCUUGUGAUAUGACAUUUAAUGAAGCAACACAUAGUGGAAAUCCUUUUACUCCUACUACUACUUCCAAUGUUACAAUUCGCACUACUAUCACUACCAAAAACUACGGCCACAUAACUAAUAAAAAUCACGAUUUACAAUCAAUAAGCAGUACUAUUAUGAGCAGUGAUGACGAUGAUAGUGCACCGGAAUCAAAUAUUUUACCAAAUUCAUAUCGUUAUAGUAGAAGAAAGUCGUCUUUUUAUUCAAAAUCUAUAAGUCUAGACGAUGAUGGUGUUAAUGAUAAUGAGGAUGAUGAUGGUGAUGUUCAUGAUCCUGAAAAUACUUGUGCAGAUCAUAAUGAUGUUCAGGACACCAGUCAUAACCCAAAUUUCAUCACUGAUGACUAUUCUAAGGAUGUUAAUCAUCAGGUUUUAGAUCAUUCAGACAACAAUAAUAAUCUUAAAAAUCUUCGGAAUCAAGAAAAUAAUAAUAAUAAUGAGGAUAACAAUGAUGAUAAACAGACUAUUUUAUCCUUAUUGAAUUACACUUUGAGCAACACAAAUUUAUACUCAAAAUAUCAUAGACAAAAUUUAGCAUUAUUAUUUUGUUUAAAUAUAUCAAAUUAUUUAUCAAAUGAAUGGAAUAAUAUUAUAAUUAAACAAUCAAAAUGUAUGAACACAUUAUCAUCGAUAUCAUCUGGUCAUAGUCAACAAUUUGUACCUAUUCUACAGUUUAUGAUCAGUUUAAUACGUAUUUUACAUGGAAAUGCAUGUCAACUUAAUGCAGAGAUAAUAGUACUCCAACAACAACAUGUACAAUCUACUUCAGUGUCCACUACUAUAAAAUGCAAUCAUAUAGAUUAUCAGAAUAAAUUUUAUUUGGAUUACAUUAAACAACUACUGUAUAAAAUCAAAAUUACAUUGAAGCAGCUGAUUCGAGCAAUUAUUAAUGGUUUAAUACAAAUUGUUUCAACUUUUCCCACUGAUAACGAUGGUUAUACAAUAAAAACAGAUUUGUACGGUGUCAAUAAUCUACGUGAAAAUUUCGAAAAAAUCAUUCAUUCCGAUACCUUAUUAUUAUUAGAAUUUAUAGUACUACAAUUAUAUGCAUUAAUAGAAAUCUUUGGAUCAAUUCCAUCAUCAGCAUUAUUAUCUUCCUCAAAUGAUGGUUCUAAUUCAUUCUCUUUAAUUCAUUUAUGGCUACAUGAGGAAUGCAGUUCAGAUAAUGAUUGUCGAAAAAUGACACAACCUCCAACAUUAUCAUCGGCUCCGUCUUCAUCAUCUAUAGGACAACAACAGUUCAACCCGAAAACUGUAACAACAACAGCUGAUCAAAUGCAUGUAUUGUCUAAUGAACUUGAUUUGCGUGCAUUAAUCGAUCAAAUCAUAGAAUUUUGUUUAACUUUUAUAGAAGUAUUAUAUACACAAUUGCUUAAAAGUUAUGAACUAACUAGCGCCAGUUGUUCUACAAAUGAAGUGGACAUUACUGAACAAUGUGAUGCAAUACGAUUCAGUCAUUCAUAUUUGAGUAAUUUUCCAAAUGCUAUAAGUAAUCCUUUAGCAUGUGGUCUUCUACAAGGUAUCAUGUAUAGUUUACAGAAUAGUGGUGAAACUGUAAUCGGUACAUCAGCUAGAGGUCUACUCAGUUGGUUACCUUUAAUUAAUUCAUCUCAUUGUUUAGAUUAUAUCGGUAAUCCAAUAAUGAGUCAAUUAGGUUGGUUAGCCACUAGAGCUUGUAUUAAAUUACCAAAUAUUCUAUUAUACCUUUUAUCAUCAACAUGUAAAGAUAAAAAUGGAUUAUCAUCAAACAGUGGGAAAUCUAUGUAUCAUUCUUUUAAAGUCUCUUAUUUAUCAAGUGAAUCAGAAAGUCGAUGGUGUUCUGUAUUAUUCAAUUAUAAAGAUUUAUUGCGUCAUCCUACCCUAUUUAAAUCUCAAUUUACUGCAACAAAUCCUGUAAAUGUACAGCAACAGAAUGGUAAUAAUAAUAAUUCGGAUUAUUGUACAAAUAAUGUAAAUGUCUCCAGUAAACUUUUUCAAUUUAUAAACUUGGAAGGUGUUCAACAAAAUUCAAAGUUAAUUUAUCCAUUAGAACGUGAAUUACAAUCGCUGUUAAUAUCUAUAGUAGGACCUAAAAGUUACCGACAACUACAAGAUGUCCAUCGUUUAGCUAAACUGUUACAACGAAUCCGUGAUAUCUGUGUCAAUACUGGUGGUCUAAUAAUUCAUAAUGGUUGUGGAUCUAUGGAGUUUACGGCUUGUGGCAGAACAUCAACAACACCCAGUUGUACUUCUUCAAAUGAGCUAAAUAAUUUGUCAGUAAAUUCUAAACCUAAUCUUAGUACUAAUUGUACAGCAACAACUGUUGAUGAAGGUCCUCGACUGACUUCAAGUUCCUAUUUGUGGUCACAGGACAAAGGUGUAUUCGCCAAACAACUACGUUUACCAUAUAUAGCUCAAAGAGAAAUUUUGGAAGAUAUUUCAUUAUGUUUAGCGAUAGCAGUGCGUAAUACAGCUUACUGGCAAAGAUUAUGCCUUCGUUCAUCAGGUUCUUUAUUGUUCUUGUUCCAUACCAGUUUGGUUCUUGACAGAAAAAUUGCACGCAAUAUGAUAUAUUUAAUUCAACUGGCUAUCUGUCCAAACUCAUUGGAGUCACGUAGUCAUAGUACCGUAAAACACUUACAUGAUGAACUUAAACGUUCAACUUAUUCAGUUCAAUCAACUGAAGUGAAAUUAUCACGAAUUAUUGCACGUUAUUUAAUACUACCUAGGGAUUCAGAAAUAUCUACUUGUUCAGAGAUAAGCUUAGAUGAGAAUAUGUCGAAUUAUAAUAAUUCAAAGCGUACAGAUUUACUUAUUUCACCUUUAUUCACACAAUUCGUUCGUACAUUUCUGUGCCGAUGUCCUAAAAAAGCUAUUCGUGAUUCAACAGCACAUAUAUUAUCUACAAUAUUCAGCUGUGUUUCUCGUGAAGCUCAACAUCGUAUACUUAGUUUAAUAGCAUCUCUAUGGCCUGAAUUAUCUACAUUUGUACCUUAUUCCAAUCAGUUUGUCCAGUUAAGCAUUCAUCUAUUGAAUUCUUAUCCUAAUUGGUCAGGUCGAGCAGAAUUAAUAGAACAAGUAAUUUGGAUUUUAAUGCAACGUCUUGAAGCAAUAAAACGUCAUCCGAAUCGUACGCUUUACUCAGUGCUUAUGCACUUUGCUCAUUCCCAAAAAGGACUUCUACCCGGUGUAUUCAUUCCAUUAGAAUCCGUCGAACGAAGUGGAUCAUUGGACCGAGUCGUAAAUGAAUUCACAUUUUUGCAACCCACUAAAACCACCACCACGACCACUGACUCAUCGUCCACUUCUCGUUCAUGGGCUUCGCUUGCAGCUCAAAAACAAAAUACCACUCAAGUACCUUCAACCAGCAACAGUAUUAGUGGUACACCUGAAACUGUAGUGACAGACUUGAAUUGUAAUCUGUUUAACGAUUUUUCCACAUCAAUUAAUGCUUCGAAUUCUCCAUUCACCUUUGAAUUGGAACCUUGUUUAUUAUGUCACGCUAAAGUGAUCGAUGAACCAUUUUAUGUUAUUUUUCGUUGGGAUUCGGAACCCAAUGUAUCCAGGCGUUCAAUUCAAUCUGUGGUUUCUACCAUUUAUAAUAGUCGAUUUACACAUCAGUUUAGACAAUCACCUAUCGGAAAUUUAUUAUCGCAAAAUCCUCAACGUACUACAACUCAACAGUCAAACAUUAGAGCUAAUGGAACAGAUAUUCCAUUAACAUCUUCAAAUACUGCAACUCCAAGUGUUUCUGGUUUAGUCCAAACAAAUUCGAAUAUACCAAAAAGUACCAUUGCAUCAACAAAUCCCAGUACAACAACGACAACAACAACAGCUGCUUCUGGUAGUGGUGGUGUUAAUGCUAGUGGAGCUGGUGGAGCUCCAUCAAAUCCAUUUUCACUUAUGAUUCCAGUUCAGUUAAAAUCCCGUGCUACUUCUUCAGUUCACAUUUUCGAUCUUGAAGGUAGCUAUUUAAUUUCACAAAUUACAGUCAAGUUUAACGUCUUAUCCAAACGUCCUAGAUAUGUUAAAACACUAAAUGUUUAUACAUGUGAUCUGACUGAUCGUGCUUCAGCAAGACUAAUUCACGAACCACAAUUAUGGCAACCAGUAGCAUCAGUUAGAUUAAGUCGAAAUCAAACAGUGGCUAGAAUUUGUUUUUCACAUCCAUCACCUAUUCCAAUCUGGUUAGCUUCAAAUCAAGAAUAUGCUACAGAUAAACGAAUAACGAUGAAUCCAGACUUGGUAAUUGAUUCAUUAAAUUUAAAACAAACACCUGGUCUACCUAUUCGAGCAUCACGUUUAGUUUUUGAAUAUGCAGAUUUCCAUUCGACCGGUCAAGAAGAACGUCGUAUUUGUCCACGAUGUCAUGCAUCUGAUUUACAAGGUAGUACAUGUAUAAUGUGUCAUAGUAAUGUGAAUGAAUGCUUUCGCUGUCGCUCUUUGAAUCUGAGUAAUGAAGAUGUAUAUUUAUGCGCUAAUUGUGGUACUUCAAGACAUGGUAAAAUUGAAUUCAGUAUAACUGCCAGACCAUACUAUUCCGCAAUCGAACCGUUACAUGAUCGAGAUGAUCGUGAAUCUGCUUGUGGCCGUAUUUUAAGUUUAUCUAGGGAAUUGAGUAAAACUUCUCAAAUACUUUCACGUCUUAUUCAAGUUGACGUAACUGAAUGCUUAUAUCGACUAUGUUCUUUAGAUACUGGAGCUAUUGAUCUAAUAUAUAUACAAGACUCACUUGCUUCCAAGAAUUCAACUGGAACAUCAAAUAAUAACACUUCAGUAAGCGAUAAAGCAAAAGAUCUUCCACAGUCUACCGUACCAGGUUCUAAUUAUACUGGUUUUGUUAAUCCUGCUAUAAUACGUUUACUUAGUACUGCUUUAAAAGCACGAGCUUUGAGUUUAGAUUCAGCUGUAAUCACACGACGUCUAUGGGCUGCACGUCAGUCUGUUGUAGAAUUCGAUACAGAAGAACAACAUGAAUCUACUGUGAUAGGUAGUUUAAAUAAUCAAUCUAUUUUCAAUGGAAAUAGAUGUAUAACACCUGAAGUUUCAGAUUGUGCUUCUGGUAAUACACAAUUAAAUUAUCUGGAAUUAGAUAAAAUGUUUUAUCCAUCAUUAUCUGGAUGUUAUUGGUGCUUAAUAAAUACAAUUUAUCAAUGUAGUUCUUUUCUACGAAAUAUUGCAGAAUUUACAUCAAUAACUAUGCUGAAAACUUCCAGUAAAACAAUAUGGGAUAAUUCACAUUGGUUAUUUGGUUUGAAUGCUACAUGUGAUAAUGACCAUACUUUCCGUUUGUUUAAUGUUCCGUCGUCGUUAUCCCAGGCUACAGCUCUACCACCACCGACAACAACACAAUCGCCAAUCAUUAAUUCUAUGGAUAUUGUACGCAAUUUAAUCACAAAAGUCAUUGAAUCUGGUUUAAAUAUAUAUCCUCAACAUUUACAACAAGAAUUACGUACUUUGUUAAUUUAUUUAACCAAGGAUUGUUAUUCAUUGAUAUCUCAUCUCGGUGAUAUUCUCAGUGAUCGAUUAAUCCGAACAGCUAAUACUCAUGGUAAUCAAGCUCAUUUACUUGGACCUUUAUCAUACAAUGAUGUUUGUCUCUUACAAGGAAGUGUUGAAUCAAUCCUUCCAAGAAAAUCACAACACAAUAGUCAAUUAAGUAAACAACAACAACCAUUAGAUGCUAGUACUAAAAAUUGGGAGGCUCGUUUACGUCCUGUAUUUAAAAUUCUAUUGAAACUAUCCAGUGGUAAUAUUAGUAUUCAUAAUAACUCUAAUAAUACCUCUAAUCCAUCUGUUCCUGUUGUACAAAAUAUUUUGUUACCACUUGUGGAAUUAUUGUAUGAGCUAGUUUCAUAUCAACCUAAUCCAAAUAGUUUAGUAUUUACAAAACGAUCACUUCUAUCAAUUUUCGCCACUAAUAAUCAAUCAAAUAUUGCCAACAACAAUAUUUCUUCAUUACUACCUGUUACGCAACAAAUUGAAACAGAUGUUGAAAGUUUUGAUCAUCAUCGAUUCAACCAAACUACUCCAUUUUAUAAUAAUCAAUAUUCGCCAGCUUCAAUUUCUUUAUCAUUAUCUGGCAGUGUUUCUCGUUCAAAUAUGAUUACAUCAUUUCAAGCAUGGUUGAUUAAUCAACCUUACGCUUCAUUUAUGGCUUGGAGAGAACGUAUGUCGAUACAAACGUAUGCAGCAUCUAUGUCACAACGUCAACACAUUCAAGUAAACAGCUCUAAUUCAUCUGAUCAACAAAUAAUAAUAUGGGAAGAAUUAAACGCUAAGCAAAUUAAUUUAGUUGUACGUUUUGCAGCACGUUGGAAAAGCGUUAUUGAAAUGAAACGUUGGGCAAAAUAUUGGGGUAUAUCCACAACAAAUUCUUUCAUCAAGGCUGACCGUAUAUCUUCCGAUAAUUGGCUUACUAAAAUUCUGUUUUCACCACCAGAUUCAAAUGCACGAGGAGUAUAUGACUGUAUGAAAUUGUUGCUAGCUAUUACAUCAGAUAUUGUACCAAAACAGAUUUUUGAAGAAAAUGCCAAUGGUAGCAGUAUUAGUAACAUUAAUAAUGAUAAUGGUAGUGGUAAUCCGUCCGUCAAUACAAACUGUAAUAAUAGUUUAAACAUUUUGUUUAAUAAGCGUCGAUGUGCUGUAUUACUGUAUCUUACUGAAUUUUGUGUUCCUCGACUGGAUGAAUUAGCAUCGACACGUGAUGCAUAUUUAUUACUUACUGAACGUGCAACGACGCCUUCAGCAUCAGUAUCAUCAUCAUCAUCAGCGGCGUCAGCAGCAACAACCGCAGCGCGAAACAGUUCUUUUACACAUUAUUCUACCACAACUGCUGGAGAUAUCUUUGUCACAGAAUUUCGUCAGUUAACGACAUUAGAAUCAUCAGAACACAGUUCAACUGGACGUAAACAAAAACAUCAUACAAAUAGUACUACCACUACUAGUAGUAAUAUAUCUACUUCUGGGCCGAAUGGAAUUAUUAUAUCGAAUUCACCGUACAUACCUUAUUUAUUAAUUAAGGGGAACUUCCUAGAAUAUGUAAGAAUUUUAAUGCGAAAAUUACUACUUCAAAUUACUCGUAUUGAAUCGGUACCUGUCGGAUAUUGGAAUGAAUUAAUGUCUGCUACAUUAAGUUCGAUUAGUGGUUCUGGCUCAUGUAAUGGAGGUGCUCCUGGUUAUGCAAUCGCUCUAGUCGCAGAGUUAUUAAGUGUACUCAAACCACUCAAGCAAUUGACAAGAUCACAACAAAAUCAGUUGCUGCAUGUUUUAUUACCAGCUUGUGCUCAAUUAAGAUAUUUAGUAUUUCAGCGUGCUGAUUGUACUGUUAAAGCUCAAACUGUAUUUGACUCUAUGCUUGCUGAAUUGACUGGUGUUUCUGGUAUACAAAUUAAAGAAUUUCUUUCUACUGUAUUAGAUGUCUUAUCUGAAUAUCCGAUUGAUGAUCAUCGAUCUGCCACUUAUUUAUUACAACGUCUGUGUACACCAGUCUGUCCUUUAGAUACUGACCAAUCAGUUUUCCAAAUUAAAUUAGAAGUAUGGCGUCCACAUGAAGAUUACUUAUUAGCUAGGUCAAGAAUUGAAAUUUUGCCGUCUGAUACUCGAGGUUUAGGUCCACGUAUACACAAUCUGAUUGAUUUUAUAUGCGAUUCUAAUAAUCUUACAACGGAUAUGCGACUAGAAAUAGUGUGUGAAGGACAAAUACUUAUGCCUCAAUUACGUCUACAUGAUGUCUACACUCAAAUAUGGUGCGCUAAUCGAAAUAAUGUUAAUAAACCUAUGCGUUUACGAUAUCGUAUACCUGGACUAGAAGCUGACAAUCUACCAUAUGUCGAAAAUUUAUCUUCAGAACAAAUCCCACCUGAACGAUAUUCUCAUCUCUCCGUACUGGUUACACAUCCACAUGGAUUAGGUGAUUUAUUAAAACGAUUGGCUAGUUCACAGAAUGCAUUGCAUGAUCGUGAUUUGAUUGAUGUGAUUGUUCAUAUACUGGAGUAUUGUUUAAAAACACCAGCUUGCAUAGAACGUCUUACUGAUCCUGAUAUUAAAGCUGUACCUAGAUUACUCCAUACUCUUAUCAUUUGUCUUCAAUCAAACCAACAGAAAUCUCGUCAUCCUCAACAAUCAACAGAUAUUGUUGAAGAUAUAACCAAACGUUUACUUACUGUAUUGAAAUCAUUCCUUGAAUUAGUCGAUAACAAAUUAAAUGUUAUGAGUUCUUCUUGUGAACUGUCUCAAUCAGAUUUUAUGAAUUCAGUUGAUUUGAAUUCAAUUAAAUUCCUUUUGAAUUUUAUCACAACUCACCCGAAUAUACCAAAUAUUAGUGUGGAUGUCGCACGUCUACUUGGUCUGAUGACAUUUUCUGAUGAAGAGAAAAUGGAUGCAAUAAUUGACUUUUUAAAAAUUAAUUUAGAUCAAUUAAAACCAUCAGCUCAAUUUAAUACAUUUGAAGUGGCUCUAUUGGAUUGUUGUUGUUCAUUAUUAUUUGCUAUACCAAAAUCUAGUUAUAAUGGUGCAUUAUUUAAACGAAAAGUAAAACAGAAUGCAAUGCUUUUACAAACUAGUCUACAUUUCUUAUGGUCUACAUAUCCAUUAUCUUGUAUAGAUAAUACUAAUAAUAAUUUUGAUGAAUCAUUAUCUACAACCACUACUAGUUCAAUGUCCAAUACAACUGAUCCUGAAGUUACUAAAUUCUUAUCUGAGCCUUCAUUACCAUAUGUAUUACAAUUAUUACACGUUUGUGUUGAUGGGGAUCAAGAGGCAACAAUUUUAAGUCAACCUGAAUGUUUGGUUGAGUCAGGUCGACGCCGAAUUGAAGCAUAUCAGCUACUUUGUUUGUUCCAUCAAUUAGAAACUAGUAAAUUAUCUGGGCGUGUUGGUCUUUUAGCUGAAGAUAUGUUAAAUGAUUGGGCCAAUAAAGAAGACAAUAAUAAAAUUAAUGUAUCUAUGAGAAACUCUACUACUACAAUUGGUCAAGUUAUUCAUAGUCUUCGUGAUGCAACACUUCGACGUACACGUUCAUUAGCACAGAAUAUGCGUGAAAAACGUUUACGUAGUCUCAAUAUGCGUGUUAAUGAAAAAGGACAAGUUGCCAUGGUGGAAACAGAUAGACUUAAUAAAAUGACUGCAGUUGUUCAAGAAGAAACAGGUUUAUCAUGUGUUAUCUGUCAUGAAGGGCUACGUAUUGCUCCAAAUGAAGCAUUAGGUAUCUAUGUAUAUGUUCGUCGGUGUGUGUUAGAAGAAAAUAUUUAUAUAACAGGUUGCGAACCGGCGAUUAAUUUCACCAAUCCACCAUCAAACAUUCCUGAUGGUUAUUCAACUUUAUCAAAUUUCGUAACUGUACAUUUUUCAUGUCAUACAAAGUCAUAUAAAGCUUCAUCAGAGAAUGAAUGGACAGUAGCUCAACGACAUAAUUGGGAUGUUGGCUGUAAUAACAUUUUACCAAUAUUAAACCCACCAACCAGUAGUUUUGCUGCUCCAAGUUCUACUUCUAGUAGUACCACAACAUCAUCGUCUGAUAGUAAGGCGGCUUCAUUAAAAACUGUAAAACAACAACAACAAGCUCCCGACACUGUUUAUGCUGGACAUUUAGCCAAUUUCAUGGAUUUCAUUAUGCAUAAACUCAGUAUAUGUCCUGGUUAUGUAAUGGCUUUACAUGAUAUAAAAUUGCUUUUAUUACGUUUCGCCUGUAAUCGAACAUUCACUGUUGAAACUGGUGGGGGUGGCAAAGAAAGCAAUAUCCAAUUACUGCCACAUUUGAUGCAAGUUUAUUUACAUUCAUUGUUAAUGAGCUCUCAUGUUGAACAAGAAUUGGAGGCUUUAAAACAGUUUACUGAAGUCCCUAGCUCUUAUUGGGCGAAAUCGGAUAAGUGUUGGAUUACUACCGGACCCCUGUAUCGUCUAGUGGCGGCUUUACAUCUAUGGUCACGUGAUGAAUGGCAUAAUCAUCGGGCGACUUUAUUACAUAGUCUAUUGUAUAUGGCUGUGGGACGUUCAAAUAAUGCAACAUGUUCAACCAGUACUGUCGAUAGUCAAUUUACGCUGAUUAAACCAUAUUUAAUCUACUUUGGUCUAAUCGAUUCUAUUUAUGAAUAUUUAUUUAAGAAUGUUCCUUUGACAAGUUCAAUAGAAACUAAAUUGAAGUCAGUUACAUCAAGUAGUAGUGGUAGUGUUAGUCAGACAUCACCAUCAUGGUCUGUUUCUUUAUCGCAGUACAUUCGUACAUCAGAUGAAGCUUUGAUGAAGGCAGCUCCAAAACUACUUGCUUAUUUUGAAGAGAAUCUUUUAACAAUUUCAAGUGUAGAGGAAUUUCUAGAUGUUACAGGCUUGUUAGAAAAUGUAAGUUUAAAUGAAAUCGAAAGUAUCAUGGAGACAAUGUGCAACAAAUAA